AUGCUGAUUGCGACUGGAAUAUUGAGAUUGAAUCCCAGAAAGUUGGCUUUUAUUGCAGUGCAGAGACAAACAGCUGCCUCUGCCUCCACAAGGCCUCCAAAGAGACUACAGCAUGGCUGUUUCGGAGCUUUUCCCACUUCACCGCCCACUAGGCCACCAAGCACCUUGGCGCAUGCCCCGAAUCUGAAUGCAUCUCUCGGGCAAGUCUCUGUUUUUGGGGAGCCUGGUAAUGGGGGGCUUAUUCGGGGCAGUGGAAAGCCUGGGACUCGUGGAGUCCGGGGAGGGAACGCGAAAGGGGGGCUUGUAGGCAGGGGAAAGCCUGGGACUGGAGGAGUCCCCGGGGGAAAGGCGAAAGGGGGGCUUGAAGGCAGGGGAAAGCCUGGGAGUCUUGGAGUCCCCGGGAAUGCAUAUGGAGGACUUGAAGGCAGUGGAAAGGCUGGAGGUAGUCUCGGAGUCCCGGGAAAAACAGGGGGCAGCUUAGGACUCUCUGGGGCAGGGGGAGUAGGAGAGGAAGGCGAGCUUGACUUGUGUUUAUGA